AUGGUAAAUCGUCCGUUAAUAUACGCAAUUGUGUACACUGUGUUGACUUUUACAUUUGUCGAUGCAGCAGAACAUGAAAUAUUUCAGUUUGGAAAGAUUUGCUCUCUACGACCUCAGCAAAUAACAGAGGAUUUGCCUUUUUACGUGUAUUAUGAUAGUAUGUUUGAAACUGGACCUAUAUGGUGUUCAUAUAUAGGAUUUAGUGCUCGUGGUGCCAAUUCCAGAGACAAAUAUCAAAUAUGCACGACCCUUCAUACAUUUCGUGACCCAAUGUGCUCUGUGAAAGUAUCCCUUAGAAACAGCUUGAAUGGAACAGCAUUGAGGACAUUUUCCUGCACUGAAACAUCGAAAUCUAAAUUCUGUGUGACGCAAGGAGAGGAUCUUUACAUUGUGUUGGAUUUUAUGUCUUCUGUGGAAGAGAAACCUGCGGAAUUUAUAUUUUAUGUGGAUGCAACGAAGACUUAUAAUCAUAUUGCCACCGUGGCAGGUGUAUCUGUAGGCGUUGCCGCCAUCUGCAUUGUCAUUUUCGUGUUAAUUGUUGUGAAGUGCAGAAAUCGCAAGUCACAUAGUCCUUUAUUGAGAAACAGGUUCAGAAAUACGUCAGGUAAAUGA